GCCCGGCGCCCGCAAGGCGCUGCUUAGCUGGGCCCGCGGCGCCACGCAGAUGUACGGCAUCGAGAUCCAGGACUUCGGACCGUCGUGGCGCGAUGGCCGCGCGUUCGUCGCCGUGGUGCACUGCAUCGAGCCGACGGCCGUGGACGUCGGCGCCGCCGAGCGCAUGACCUCACUGAACCGGCUCGGCGCCGCCUUCAAGGCGGCCGAUGAGCAGCUGGGCAUCGCCCCACUUCUGGACCCCGAGGACGUGGACGUGCCGGAGCCGGACGAGAAGUCGGUGAUGACGUACGUGGCCCAGUUCGUGCACAAGUACCCCAAACCCAAGACACUUCAGCCGUCGGCGAGUGGCGAGCAGCGCACCCCCAAACAGGAGGUCAUGGAGAUCACUGUCUGGAUCAUCCGGACGAUACGCAUCGUCCGAAACAUUCGGUCGCCAGAGAAGGACAAUUUUGAGAGGUACCAUUCGACGCGCACCGAGGCUGCGGAGCGUCGGCUGCGGUACACCGAGCUACGCAAGACGGCUGACCUGAUGCCGGCCGACGGCUGGCAGCGGGCCGACGAGGACUGGACUACCCUCGAGACACUGCUGGACGAGUGGCAGGCGCAUCUGGACGGCCGGCUGCCGGCGCCGCUGCAGAGCGUGGCCAGCUGGGUGGGCCGCGCCGAGACGCUGCUGGACAGGGCGCAGGACCCGGCCGUCGGCAGCGCGCGUGCGCCCCAGAGCGUCACCGUCAUCCUGGAGGAGCACACGGUACUGGUCGGCUGCCCCACCUAGCGGCGCCGGCCGCCCCCGCGCUCAGCACGCACGCUGGCCGGCAGCCGACACUAACUCUGGCUGGAAUCUCGUGCACGAGGCAGCUGUAGUUUGCACUUUGCUGUUGUUUUCUUGCGUGUUACACUUUUUCUUUUGCGUUGUGCGUUUUGCUUUAGAAGGCAUUUAUCUCAGUUGUUCGCGAGUAAGUGCUUGGUUUGCUCGUAAUAAACAGUGGAAGUGUAUGUGUUUCGCUUUGGGCUGCGGUGUGGAUGUCGGUGGCUUCAGUUCGUCAUGAAACUAUGUUUGGUGUGCAUGAUGCAUUAGGGCGCUGGGCACUGGGACUACCCGCUGGGGCUGACAGUUCUUGUUCAAUGCUUUGGGUCCCUGGUGAUGUAACUAACGUGCGUGCUUGCGUACCUCGUCCCACGGGGGUCGGCCUUCACAACCGUGUCUUUCUGUGGGCCGCGAACUGCUUGAAGAUGAUGCUUUGCUUCUUUUGAAUCCAGGCGUGUUACGAAAUACAUGAUGGUCUAUUUGCAUUGAAGAGAAGCGCUUUGAUGCAGUGGACAGAGUUCCGCACCAGUGUUUUCGUUUAUACCUUGGCUGUAUGACUGAAACGAAGGUAACCACGUUUUCGGUCGCAUGGUACGACUUCUCGGUAAUCUAUCCAUAUGCGAGUCUUCUGUACAAAACUUGCCUGGUCUCUUUCCGGCUUUGGGCAAACUGUUGUAAAAGUUGGGUGCAAACUGUCUCACAGCUUUUUUGCAGCUCUGUGGUAGUUUUGUCGUGAUAAAUCACGGCUAAGGCUUACUUGAUGCACUUACUUACUCGGAACCUUGGAAACGGUCGUGUUUUCGUCACUGGUCAAGACUUUAACAUAAAUCCAUGAGUCCGACAGCUGUUAAGACACCUGGGGUGUCCUUCCCACCCGGACGUGGUUCACAACAAACUGCAGUGCGAAAUGGCGUGAACGCGCGUUAUAGGGAAAGGUUGUACUGAGCCCCUGGUCAGAGCAACCCAUGCAGAUGAACUUUGUGUUGCUUUCGUACCUGGACGCCUGUGGGAGCCAGCGAGGGGAGCGCUGUUGAUAUACGUGGUGGAGGCUAUCGAUGCGCACUGAACUCAUUGCCGUAACAUUUUUGUGCAUAGUCGAGUGUAGGUUACGCCUCGCAAAAUUGCAUGGAUGAGUGUAAUGUCAGCGGGGCGUGCUCAGUGAGGUAACGAGUCAUGACUCACUGUGGAUCCCGUUCGGUAACCGACUCCUCCAGCGGCCGGCGAUACCGUGCGUCGGGAAAGCUGGGAUUAGAUGAGCUGAGACUUGGAAAUACGAUUUAAACAAGAAGCAAGCUUACCUGGCCGCCAGUUGCUUCAUUAAAGUGUUUGCAAUUCAUCGGAUUGCGAUGCAUGAUUUCAGUGCGAAUGGCGCUCAACCCCAUUAGGUCCAGAGGUGGGCGGAAUUGGCCCCCCUACCCCUCCCCCACGCCAUUCGUGGUCGUUACCGUACCACGCGACACCGCACGCGAAAUACAGGUAAAGAUCGAUCUUGAACGACCAGACCAGACGCUUCGCUCCCUCCAUCCCCCACGGACCUCGCGAAGGCCUGCUUGCAAAGGGUAACU